AUGUCGUUCCAAACAGAUCUAUUCAUCAAUGGAAAGUACGUGAAAUCCGCCAAGGGUGAGACGAUCACGAUCAUCAACCCGAACGACGAUACCGUGGUAUCGAACAAGAUUCAGGUCGCCGGCGAGCAGGAUGUCGACAAUGCCGUCAAAGCGGCCAAGGCGGCCUUCCCAGCAUGGAAGGUGACAUCCGGGGCGAAGCGUGCGGCCAUGAUGCUGAAGUUCGCUGAUCUCCUCGAAAAGAACGUCGACCGUCUGGCACACCUGGAGUCCAGCGCCAUGGGCCAGCCAAUCUCGGUCGCGAAGAAAUUCAUUCUUGGUCCUGCUGCCGUCUGGAGAUACUAUGCUGGAUACGCUGGUAAAAUCGCGGGCGAAAGCUACCCCCCAGACGAGGAUGGGCAGUAUAAGAUCGUGCAGUAUGAACCACUCGGUGUGUGUGCCGGCAUUUGUGCGUGGAAUGGCUCUCACAUCCUGGCUGCGUGGAAGCUGGCUCCAGCGUUGGCCGUUGGGAACGUGUGCAUCCUGAAGAGCUCGGAAAAAUCGCCUAUUGCCCUGGCGCAAUACGGCGAGCUGCUGAACGAAGCAGGAUUCCCGCCAGGUGUGGUCAACAUAGUUGCAGGCGCUGGCCCAACGGGAGCUCUUCUCGCCAGCCAUAUGGACAUUGCAAAGAUUGCCCUGACCGGAUCUGCUACUGCAGGCCGAGCGGUGCAAGUCGCGGCAGCCAAGUCGAAUCUGAAGCGCGUGACGCUCGAGCUUGGCGGCAAGUCCCCGGCUGUCAUCUUCGACGAUGCCGAUAUUGGCAACGCGGUCUUUCACACCAGCGAAGGCUUCCUGCGUAAUUCGGGACAGAUCUGCAAUGCCUCGAGUCGAGUAUUAGUCCAGGAGGGUAUCGCGCCGGAGUACAUCAAGACCGUCAAGACCGCCUUCGAGAAAGCAGCCGAGGCAAUGGGAGACCAAUCGCUGGCUGAGACGAAGUUCGGGCCAUUGGCUGAUAAGAAGCAAUUCGACCGGGUCAUGGGAUUCCUGGACGAUGCGAAGAAACAAGGCAUCGAAGUCUUGACUGGCGGUGGGCGAAAGGGCGAGAAGGGAACCUUCAGCAAUGUCUACACCGACGAGAUUUUCGGUCCUGUUGUCAGCGUUCGCACAUUCAAGACGGAGGAAGAGGCUAUCCAGCUUGCGAACGAUACGACUUAUGGCCUAGGAACGACCAUCUAUACAUCAGACAUGCCUCGUGCACUUCGCGUUGCUAGCUCGAUAGAAGCAGGGACGGUCUCGAUCAACUCCGCUUUCGCAACAUCGGUGCAGACGCCAUUCGGAGGCUGGAAAGCGUCCGGGUACGGACGAGAAUCUGGUGUUGAGGGACUGAAGACAUAUUGUCAAGCAAAGACAAUCCACAUCAACAUGACGCUGCCGGCGAAGAAAUGA